AACAUGUGAUAUUGUAUUUUGUGGGAUAUUUUUUGAAAUGAUUGUUCAGCUAUCCAUGUGUGAACCAAGGAAUAAAAUACUAUGGCUUCUAAUCAUCAGUAUUAUCCACCUGACGGUGAUAGAAAGCCGUCUGGUCCCCACCAGCAAACCACGAUUAACUCGCAAGAAUAACGACUUUGUGCUGCCAAAAGAAUUUUUUGAUCAGGCCCUGAGUCUUCAAGCCAAGUUCAAGAUCCCUAACCAAGAGUUUUGCUCUGAGAUGUCCCUGCAGCCGGCGGCCCAUUACGUUGUUUUACCAUGGUGGUAUCAUUAUUGUCAGGAUUUGAAUGAGAAGCGUAGUAAGAGUAUGCGAGGGAAUGUCCACUUCACUGCUGUCCACCAGUACAUCCUGAAUGAGGUACAGGCCUACAAGAAAAGGAUGAAAGCCAAGCAGAUUAAGAUGUCACAACUCGAGAAGGAGUUGUUAGCCUGAUAGAAGACUUAGAGGUCAAUAAACAU